UUGUUUGUUUAGCUUCGUGAGACAAUCCAUGCGUCGCAAUGGCUUGCGCACUUUCUCGCAAGGCGUUGAUUUGCGCGGGCCUUUGGCGCUGUCCGUGACGCAGCGCGAGGGUGGAGCAAAGCCACCCCGCAGGCCGCGGCAGCUGCUGCACAGUGCCGCCACAGGCCCGCCUCUGGAAUCGCUGGAGGAUGGUAACGACGACGCUGAGGUGUCGGACAUUCUCAUGGAGCGCACUUUGCAGCUGGUGGCGCUGUUGCGUUACGCAGAGGAGGUGAAGGCGCCGAAAGGCGUUCCAUGUGAGGGCAAGGUGGUGAGCUUUGACAAUACACUGGCUUUCCUCCGCCGCUACCGGAAGUUUGUGAAGCAGCUGGGUUCCGAGCUGGCUUUGCCUCAGGUGACAUUCCAUUGGACUGCUGAAGAAAACUUUCAGAGCAUCGUGGAGAGCAACUUGAAGGUGCCCAACGCUGAUUCCAGUGGUGUCAAGAAGAAGCACGGGGCAGCCUUCGGCCGCGGUAUCUACACCGCCCCAGACUACAAGAUGGCAAAGGAGGACUUCUCCUAUGGCGCGAGCACCACCUUCGCCUGCCUGGCCAUCACAGGUCGGCAGAUGACACGGCAGCAUGGCAAGGGCCACGGGCUUUCCGACUGCCGCGGCGCAGACUUUGAGAGCGUGGUGGGGCGGCUGCCGGGAAGGAACUGCGUCACUUGGGUGCUUCCAUCCAGCGAUCAGAUUCUUCCCUGCUUCCUGGUGGAUGAAGUUGCUAUUCCCGCAGCUGUCGCAAAGCUCCGAGAAGCCAUACUGCUGAUACGCGAGCCCUGGCCAGAAGCCCCCUCGCCAGCGCCAUCCGAGCUGGCUGGGAUGGAGGGCCUGGAUACGGACGAGCGUGUGCCAGAUUGCCCCCAAGAUUCCAUGGGAUCACGCUGGCGGCGCGCGGACAGAGGCUACAGCGCCGCAGCUGCAUGCCCCGACCGAGAGGAUGAGACAGAUGCAAAGGAGGAUGGCAACAGCAACGAGGUGCCGUAUGGAGGUGACCUUCAAGCCGCCAUGCGGGCACAGGACCGAUCUGCCAUCAAGCUGCUCAUGGCCUUGCGUGAUGCCAAGGCCACCAGCCAGGCCACCGCCAAAGGCGGUCGGCGCUGGGGAGCGCGGAACGAGGCACCGCGGUCCGUGGGCCUUGUGCAGAAAUGCGGGGAUUUGCUGCAAGCGAGCGAGGACUUCAUUGUGCAUCAAUGCAACUGUGUAUAUUCUGGCGCAGCACAAGGAAUAGCUGAGGCCAUUUUCAAUGCCUUCCCCGCUGCAGAUGCCUACAGGAGUCGAGCAGAGCAAGGCCGUCCGCAUGACAUACCAGGCACUAUCAGCGUUCACGGCCGCAUUGUGAAUGUGUAUGGCCAGUUGCUUCCAGGCCGCCCAGUCGACGACGCGCCUUCAGGGGGCUGGUCUGGCACCGGACGCUUCGUGACGGCAGCGAAGGCUGCUGAGGACACACGUUCCAAUCGCUUGAAGUGGUUCGAGCAGUGCCUGGAUGCGUUGCCAAAGAACCUGCCUUCCCGCUGCAGUGUUGCCUUCCCUGCUCGAAUUGGCUGUGGCCUUGCUGGGGGCGAUUGGUCACGGUACCUUGCGGCUUUAAAGCGAUUCAGCGAGGCGUGCCCGAACUGGCAAGUGGCCAUUUACGACAUUGAGAGUUGCCAACCUGAGCCUCCAGCCAAACCGAUGACACCCCUUAUUCGCGACGUAAAGCCAAAAGACCGCGGGUCCGCGGGUCAGUUGCCCAGCUCUGCAUUCUGGAGCAAUGCCGUGUUCGAAGUUCUGAGAGGUGGCGAGUGGGUUGCCUACUCCAAGGCUCUCCAAGCUGAGCUUCGCUCUGCAUUGCAACGAGAGGAUGAUUGCAGGGAAAUCAUGGUGGACAAUGAAAGGCGGCAGGCGCUGUCCAUGCUGGCGGAAGUGGGCGCAUGUCCGAGGUCGCUCGGAGGUGGUGUCGAGUCCAAAGCUUUGGGCCUGCGCGUCCACUUGGACGGUGACAGCGGCCCCGAAGAAGUCGAUUUGGCUCCGCUAGUUCGCGCAGCAGACCACGGCGAAUCAGAUGGCGCUUGCGGCAAAUCUGCUGUGCGUUUGUGGCUUCCGGCAGUGCGCGAAGGUGAGCUGCGCUUGCCAGCGGAUCUAGACAUCGGUGCCAGUCCCACACCCCGCGAGUGCGGCUGCGUGGCUGAGCCCCCGCAAUCCGAUGCCUGCGGCAUUUGCCUGGGAGAGCUGAAGCGCCGUCCGAUGGCUGUGCUGCGGCUGCAUUGUGGCCACUUCUUCCAUGAAGCCUGUUUGGAGCGGUGGUUCGAGGAGCGGAGGCGAUGCCCUAGCUGCAAGAGGCGCUUUGGCCAUUUGGUGGGCAACCAGCCGAGUAUUGGUACUAUGAGCUGGCGACUGGACAGUCGUGUCCGGCUUUCUGGACAUCCAGACAGCUUCACAAUAGUGAUGAGCUUUCGUUUUCCAGCAGGACGAGAUGCUAAUGGAGAGUCCUAUGUUGGCCGGACACAGCAAGCAUUUCUUCCACAUGAUGAGAAGGGAAAGCUGCUUCUGGCACUAUUUCAGCUUGGCUUUAGGCGACGCGUGCUAUUCGAUCUACGUGUCUCUGCUACCGAGAACAAGUAUUGGCCUGCUUUCAACAUCCACCUCAAAACAGCAGUUUCUGGCGGGCCUGAGCGGUUUGGCUUUCCAGAUGAUGGCUAUGGUCAGCGAGUGCUGGAGGAGCUGCGAGAGAACGGCGUGACAAUCGCUGAGCUGUGACUUGACCGACCAUCAAGCUGCGUUGCAUCAUUGUGUAUUGCUAAAUUAGCUAGGUAUACCAAAUAUGUGGCCAACAUUAUUGCCUUGAGAUAAUGUGUUGGUGCGCAUUUUCUAGACGGGUUCGUCCUGUCUGACGGACUCCAGACUCCACGUGGCAGUACAGAGGGGUCUGCUUGCGGUGUUCACCUUUGGUUGACGCCUGGUGCUGGUUGCCU